UUUUCAGAUGACGUCACAUUCUGCGUGGCACAAUCUUCCCCUGCAAUUUAGAAAAGGUGUUAUUGAAAUUUUGGAUUAUAAGACCAGAUGUCAACUACGGAAAUGCUCACGGAAAGAUAAGAACCUUGUAGACAUUGUUCCUAUUCGAAGCAAAUGGCUGUCAAUGUCAGUUUAUAAUCGUUCGAUCACUUUGCAAUUGGAACGCAUGAAGAUUGAAUAUUUCAAUUUUGACCCAAAAGAGAAUAACAUUUUACGGACUGAAUAUACGGAGAAAGCUGGUGAAUAUCCUGUCAAAAAGGAAAUAGAUAGAAUUGUGCAUGGUGAUUUGGAUCUGGUUGUUAUGGAUAUUCUUCUACUCCUUGCCCAUGAAAACUCUUUUCUCGACAAUUUAGUUCUGCAAUACGCUGAAGGAAUCAAUCCUGAAAGAAUGCAACUUUUGAAUCAAACAUUGUUUAGUCAAAUUAAGACUCUUGAUCCCAAAUGGAAAAUCAGAACAUCAAGUUUUUAUAUCAGUUUUGUCACGACCGGAGAGAAAAUAUUGGAGUACAUUGGACUCCUAAGUUUUGAACAUCUGAAUCAUAUCAGAAUAAAAAAUACGAAUUUCAACCAAGAACAGUUGGAACAAUUCGUUGCUAUGGACCAAUGGAAGCAUGCAAAGUCGAUGUUCUUAGAGGAUCUCAAUGAUAUUUCAGUGGCUCAGUUCUCUCACUUUGAAACAUUCUGGACAAAUGUAACAAGAUUGGAACCAGUUGAUGCCUGGAAUGUAAUAAAGAGUUACAUCAAACGGAAUUCACCUCGCGGAGCAUUUUUCCAUGUAGGAACUGCAAAUCCAAUCGAGCCAAGUCAGAUAUCAGAUCUGUUCGACGUGGAAGUGAAAAAUGAGCCAAUUGAUACUCCUUGGCCAUCAUCCCAAGUGUUGCACACCCAAAAGUUCUGUCUGCCAUCUGAAGACCACGUGCUCAUUGUGCUUAUUCUAAACAAUGUGCUCACCGGAAGAAUAUGUCAUCUAAACCAUCUAGCCGAAGAUUGUAAUCAAUUGUAUAACGACUAUUUUGAAGAAUAUUCUCAGCAAUGAGCAUUUUAUUUUUCUGAAUAAUUUUGAUUAACUAAUAAAGUUAACUUCAACAAUAAAA